GCCUCUGACCUACCUAAACCUACCUGACCUGCCUGACUCCCAUCCCCCCUUCCCUCCCAUCCCGUCCCAGAAGAAAGAGGUCGUGAAGAACGUUUCUGUAGUCAUUGCCUGUAUCGGCAUUCCUUCUUCAGACUUCUUUUUUCUCAUCCCCACCUCUCUUCCCCUCAUCCAUCCCCACCUCCAAUCGACAUCACAACGACGCGCUCAAGGGCCGAGUCAGCUUUCCUUCAUUUCGGGCUUCCCCUUCUCCUUGUUGUUCAGCCCGUCAGCUGCCUCGAUAGAAUCAUCCGAAUAACCUAACUUGGCGGCCCUUCCUUCCUCAGAGCGCUCCCGCUCGUCACUUAUACAUUCGUUAAGCCAUCGCUCCGCUCGCUGUCAUUCUCUCGUACUAUAUAUACCAACGCCCGCCAAAUCCUUUAACGAAUUCUUUAUCACGAAAUUUAAACGACCUUUCAAUUUUUUCUGCAAUUUUUUCUUCCUUUUCGCUGCCUCUUCCUUCACGCUCUCGUGAGGGUUGUUUAUUUGGCCGAGGAGACUUUCGACUGUUAAUUUGUUGACUUGGGUUGAAGGCUUCAACCGCAUAGCAUUUCUGUAAUAGUCUCGCAAUUGGCAGACAACAACGAUUAACGACAACUUCAGCUGCUCCCAGUUGAGGUACGACCUAUAAUAUCAACGGCCCUUUGACGAGCAGAUCCGACCGAAACUUGUACCGACGAGACGGUCUUGCUACCAUCUUGCGAACCUGAUACACGGUACAUACCUGCCUACCACUUGGCCCUCUCAUCGUCCGUCGUGUUAAUGUCUUCCUAGAUACCAAUACUUCACACCUGUCAGCAUAAACAUAAUACGAUAUUUCAGCGAAACCUCAGUAAACAUGAUGCAGACUGGAACAGAACGUGAUAGUAUGCCACCCUUGGCGACUGAGUCUUCGCAGUCGGCGUUGCUUCAAGCGCCGGAACAAGGCUCUCUUGCUCCGUGGCUUGAAGGCGCCUCUGAUAGUAUUCCCUGCACACCCCCCCCUCAGUUGCUGUCGCCUCAACCUCUCACCCCAAAGCCCACGAGAUUUGUUUCACCCCCUCGUACUCCGCUGCCCAAACUUUUCACUAGCCUCACCCCACGGGCCAUUCGCCAAUGGGAGGCAGCUGAGGGAGCGGGGAAUACCGCUGCCACUAUCAGCCGUCCAGAAUCCGCUUGCUCCAACUAUUCCUCGUCUUCGGACUCAUCGCUAGAUAGUUUGACGACCUUUACCACAGCGGGAGGAAGUUGUACUAGUCCUGAAACCGAGGCUUCCUUCUUCGCCGAUGAGCCGGAAAAAGAGACCGUCCACCUCAAGCCUACCGAUGCCCCGAGAUGGAGUAGUAAGGUACAAGAUGGAACCGGUGAGAAAGAUGGUGCAAGCCAGAUCCGUGUUCGGAGAACCAAGUGGAGUGAGGAGAUGGACAACCAUUUGUGGAGGACAUACAUAAUAUAUCAACAGGACCCUAAGAUAACGCCAUUUUAUGUCUUGCCAGGGCAAGUCCCACCCUUGGGAGUAUGUUGUAAAGUUGCUAGGGAGACAAAGAGGAGCUGGAAGGUGGCCAAGAUGGGUGAUGGAUGGAAAGGUGUACCGAGCACCCCGAGACCCAAGAGAAAGUCAAGGGUUUCGGGUUAUAAGACGGCGAGUGAUACUGCGGCCACGGGGAACAGGGGGGACAUUUUGCGAAAGACUUCGCCGUAUUCGUGGCCCGCGUCCGAGGCCUCGACUCGUCGUCGUUUAAGAGAAUUGUGUAGAGACAGCUAUGGUCCUUCGAUAAAUCCUCAUCGAGAGUAUCGGCAACAGCGUCGGACAACGUCCACCCCCAGACUUCUCCCACCUCGGUCAUCAACGGCAUCACCUUCCCCACUCAAUUCAGCCACAUCAGAUAGACUUGGGUCUCGGGAUUCCUUUUUGUUCUCGACAAGGAGUAUAGCACUUUCUUUGACAACCAGCACGGCAUCCACCAUGAAUCCGAAUGGUCUUUUGGCCGCAAUUGCCUCCGGUUAUGACGUUGAGCCUGGGAUGGCUGCAGGUUUCGGGAGUGGCAGUUUUAAUUUCGGCGGAGUUCCAGAAAGUGUUUCUGGCGUAAAUAGAUGUAAUAACAGUGUUUCCGGACGGAGUGAGGGUUCCCAAUUGCAACAGACCGGGAACGAAAUGGAGCAGGGCAGCCCGGUCAGACAUGAGACCGAUAAUGGUCCUUCUGGUUCGUCAGAUGGCGGGCCCUCGGGAUUAGGGGGCUUGUUACCGCCGUUGGAGCUGAAUUCGUCUUCCUCUUCAUAUGGCACCUGGCCAAGACGCCUCAAGCGUCAGGAGAUACUCCCCGACUUUAGUGAGGAUGCGGUUGUUUUCCCUCCGCCCCGCAGAGCUCGCAGGGGAACAAUAGGUGACCUCUUCGGUAAUCCCAUCCCCUCUUCCCCAACCACUACCCCGGCAACAACAAAUGCAAGUGCAAUGUCCACGGCAACAAACACAACGGUUCGCAGCGCACGUAGUCGUGGGUUCACUAUCGGAGCUAGUUUCGGUAGUAGUCUGACCAGCCGAAGAAGAUAUCGACCAUCGGCACCUCUGCUGACGGUCACUGGCCCAGUGUCUUAUGACUCGCCAAACGACUCUGAGAUGUUGAGCCCUCUUGCAGCCCGGCACUCAUCGUUGGACACCAUUAAGAGUGACGAUCCGUUCGAGCUUCCGAGGCGUCUUGGCUCCCCAUUCCUCGAACGUAAGGAUUGGAAGGGGGGAGAGGCAGAGGACUUGGAGGAGAAGUCUGGGCCUGAUAGUCCUCUCGAUGGAGAAUUUGGUGAUUUUCUUGGACUCCGGAGUGAUGUUGGGAUAACAACGGGAAGGAGUACUCCCACAAGACCUAUCAAAAGGGCACGCGAGUAAACCCUCGGGGUUUGAUCCAUUCCUCUCGGGUUGAUAGUUUGUCCCUAUGCAUUCUGACCCCGUUUUGAUGCACGCAUGAGUUGGUGGACCUCUUCUGGCUGCCGGCUAGCCUACAACUCGACCACUUGGUUCGAGGCAAUCCUUAUUAGCACAUUCCGUUCCGUUUUCACAUUAUAAUAUCUUUCUCCUUUGAUCUCUUUAUCUACCUUUCGAUCUUUCUUAUUAUAUAGUUUCCUGCCGUUUCCACUCCUUAUCUCUUUCCUUGCUUGUUUCUCCGUACCCGUAACGAUUAUGCCGAUAUGUUUGAUGUUUUUCGGGAACCCAUUCGUUUCCUUCACGCGCAUCCCAUCAUGAUUCUCAAAAAUAUUUCCUCUAAUUGCUCGAGUUAGUUUCUUGUGCCGUACCAUAGGAAAUUUAUGAACAUACCGUA